UCACGAGCAACUCAUGCAGAGGAGUGUGAGCGCGUCUUUGGAGAGCGCGUAUGGAUGAGAGCUAGAGGGCGGCGAAGCAUCGCUCCCCACCUCCAGUCCCGGGACCUUUUCCUGAUCUCUCCGUGAGGAGCGCACGCAGAAUUUGGGACGCGUAACGGCGUCGGUCCUCCGUUCACCGCCACAGCAGCUUCUCCGUAACGGCCGAAGCAAACCGAAGAAGGAACGAAUACUCCGCGCGGAGGAGUUUCCAAACUCCGAAGUCAUGGGGGAAAACGGACGUCAGAGAUUUAGAUUGGGAUUAGUGCUUCUCUUUCUGUGGGUUCUGCUUCAAAUAGUUGACGCGCAAGGUGAUGAUGACUUCCUGUUGGGGUUGGGUGAGCUGCCGGAGACCUUCCCCAGCGACCCUCCAGAGCCCCUCCCACACUUCCUGCUGGAGCCGGAGGACGCUUACAUCAUCAAGAACAAAGCUGUCAAUCUCUACUGCACGGCCACGCCUGCUGCUCAGAUCUACUUCAAAUGCAACGGCGAGUGGGUCCAUCAGCGAGAGCACACCAUAGAGGAGCGGGUGGACGAGACGUCGGGUUUGGUGGUGAGGGAAGCGCGGAUCGAGAUCUCCCGGCAGCAGGUGGAGGAGUUGUUUGGUUUGGAAGAUUACUGGUGCCAAUGUGUCGCCUGGAGCUCCGCAGGAACCACCAAGAGCCGCAAGGUGCAUGUUCGCAUUGCAUUCUUGAGGAAGAUUUUUGAGCAGGAACCCUUGGGGAAGGAGGUGUCACUCAAACAGGAAGUGCUGCUGCAGUGCCGCCCACCUGAGGGCAUACCGCCUGCUGAGGUGGAAUGGCUGAAGAACGAAGAGAUUAUUGAUCCUGCAGACGAUCGGAAUUUCUACAUCACCAUCGAUCAUAACCUGAUCAUCAAGCAGGCGCGGCUUUCUGACACCGCUAACUACACCUGCGUCGCUAAGAACAUUGUUGCUAAGAGACGAAGCACCACGGCUACAGUGAUCGUCUAUGUGAGCGGCGGCUGGUCCACGUGGACGGAGUGGUCCACCUGUAACAGUCGAUGUGGGCGGGGCCUUCAGAAACGGACCCGCAGCUGCACCAAUCCCGCGCCUCUGAACGGAGGCUCGCCGUGUGACGGACAGGCCAUCCAAAAAAUCGCCUGCACCUCAGUUUGCACAGUUGACGGCGAGUGGACUGACUGGAGCAAGUGGUCGGCGUGUAACACUGAGUGCACACAGUGGAGGAAGAGAGAGUGUACCGCUCCUGCGCCUCAGAACGGAGGGAAGGACUGUGACGGAGUCACACUACAGUCACAGAACUGCACUGAUGGACUCUGCCUGCAAAAGGUGGCUCUGUGCAUGGGGAUCGUCAUGGCGGUGGUCAUGUGUCUGAUCAUCUCUGCUAUCGUGGCGCUGCUUGUGUACCGCAGAACUCAUCGACGCUUUCACUCGGACAUCAUCGACUCGUCUGUGCUGAACGGAGGAUUCCAGCCUGUCAGCAUCAAACAAGCACGCUCAGCGGAUUUGCUGGCCGCGACCCCUGAUCUGUCCACAGCGGCGGCGCUGUAUCGAGGUCCUGUAUAUGCACUCCACGACAUCUCCGACAAAAUCCCCAUGACCAGCUCCCCUCUGCUGGAGACGAUGCCGCUUCCCAACCUCAAGAUAAAAGUCUACAACACCCCUCAGGAAGAUAUGACCUCUGACCUCUCCGCCACCCUGUCCCCUAAAGUCACCCACUCUCUUCUGGACAGUGACCACAUGACCCUGCGCACCCAGACGCUGGCGCGCACACGAGACCCCACGUGUACGGCGUUAGGGUCAUUUAGCUCACUAGGAGGUCAUCUGAUCAUACCCAACUCAGGUGUGAGUUUGUUGGUUCCAGCCGGUGCGAUUCCUCAAGGUCGUGUGUAUGAGAUGUUUGUGACAGUUCAGAGGACAGAGAGCAUGAGGCCAGUGGUCGGGGACGGGGAGGCUGUGCUCAGCACUGUGGUCAGCUGCGGUCCUGCAGGUGCCCUGUUGACCCGUCCCGUCAUCCUCACUCUCCACCACUGCGCACACACCCACUCUGACGACUGGCAAAUCAUCCUCAAGAGCCACACGCAGCAGGACCAAUGGGAGGACGUGGUCAUGGUUGGAGAGGAGAACUUCACUACUUCCUGUUACGUGCAGUUGGGGGAGGAGGCAUGUCACAUCCUGACCGAGACUCUCGGAUCCUACUGUCUGAUAGGCCAGAGCGUCUGUCCGUCAGCGGCUAAGCGAAUCAAACUGGCCGUGUUUGGCCCUGUAUACACAGCAGGUGUAGACUAUCACAUCCGAGUGUACUGCCUCGACGACACGCAGGACACACUCAAAGAGGUGCUGCAGAUAGAAAAACAGAUCGGUGGGAAACUGCUGGAUGAACCAAAGUCUCUGAACUUCAGUUACAGCAACCACAACUUGAGACUGUCAAUACAUGACAUUCACUCGCAGUGGAAGAGCAAACUCCUCACCAAAUACCAGGAGCUGUCUUUCUCUCAGGUGUGGAGUGGAUCGGUGCGUCAGCUGCAUUGCUCCUUUGCUCUGGAGCGUCAGAGCGUGAGUGUGUGUGAGCUGUGCUGCAAGCUGUGCGUCAGACAGGUGGAGGGAGAAGGUCAGAUCUUCCAGCUCUACUCCAAGCUGAGCGAGGACGUCCAGAGCAUCGAUACGUCCCUGAUGGAUCCAAGCAGCAGUAUCACGGUUCUUGCGGGUCCAAGCGCGUUCAGGAUCCCAGUCGGCAUCAGAAGCAAACUGUGCAGCAGCCUGGACAUCCCGCACACACGCGGAAACGACUGGAGAAUACUGGCGCAUAAACUCAACCUGGACCGGUAUCUCAACUACUUUGCGACUAAGACGAGUCCGACCGGAGUGAUUCUGGAUCUCUGGGAAGCUCAACACUUCCCACAUGGAAACCUCAACCAGCUCGCCACUGUCUUAGAGGAGAUGGGUCGCCAUGACAACAGCAUCGCCGCCAUGGCCAAGGAACAGUGACCCUCACAUCGAUGAUGAUGUCCAGCUCAAGUUGUGUUGCCACUCGAUCAAAAACCAAGGCGCUGUGCGCGGCAUCUUAUCCAGUGUCUUGGAAACAUGCGUCGCUGCCAUCAGUGGAUGUGGAUGCCGCCAGUUUGGGGUCAAAGGUGAAGCAGGAACACGGUCGAGACGCUUCAGGCUCAACCAGUUUUCACGACAGCAGAAAUCUCCCACUGUAUCAUCCUCUAGUCAUGGUUUUACUGAAUUUUGUGGUGCCAUCUAGUGGUUGCAGAAACAACAAACGCUCAUGUAAUAUAAUAUUUUGAGACAUGAAUACAGUAUUUAGUGUGAGUACCUUAAAGUGGCCUUUAAAAUCCAGUUAUCGUUCAGAUGCUAUUUGAAUUGUAUUAUUUUUGUAACGCGAGGACAGUAAAUAUGAUAGUUUGUUGAACAAAAGUGCACGUGAGCACUCGCCAGGGAUUGGAGAAUCAUGUCAGAUGUUGUUUUAUGAUUUUCUGGAAUGCAAUGAUUUCUCACACUGUAAUAAUGAUGAUCUUCACUCGUUCUGCAUGGGCUUGUUCUGUUGUGCUUCAUCAGUGUUUCACGCCUCGCUCUACCAGACGCAGAGCAAACUUACCCCUCAACAAAACUUACCAUGGUGACUACAGGUUCUGCUAAAAUGUGACGGGAACUACAGUUAUUGUUAUUACUACUGGAAUAUUGUAAUGAUUUAAUAUAAUUCUUUCUUUAAGUGAAGGCUAGUACCAAGUUAUUGUAGUAAGGUUAAUAACCACUGCUGCCAAAACAAAAGCUCCAUGGUUAAACGUUUGAAUGCCAAGAAAUUAAAGCAGACGUAAAUAUUUAUAUUGUAAU